AUGACACAAAAAUGGAUAAAAAAAUUCCAAAAUGUCGGGCUAAUUGACGUUUGUCAGAGUCAGAAUCACUUUUUUAAUUUCGACAAUCAAGUAAAAAUAUUUUCAAGAGAGCAACAGGCCGAAACCGGCGCUGUACGGAAAAUCAAUGUGCAACCAGAUACGCAACAAGAUUAUGAUUCAGAUGAGGAAAUGAUGUUGAAAGAGUACAAAUAUUUUUCAAAACUUGCGGAGAAAAGACGCAACGAAAGACUCAAAGCUAGGCUCGAACGUAUAGAUGAAGAUUUUGUUCAAAAUGAUAUGAAUAAUCCAUCUUAUGCGGGAAUUGAUCGGAAGUAUCAUGACGAUCGUAGAGAUUUUGAUCGAAAAUAUCAUGAUUUUGAACAACGUGAUUACGUUCCCGAAAAUCAUGAUAGAGAAAGCUAUAAUAAAAAAUAUUACGAUCAGAAAUAUAAUUUCGAGCAACAAAAUUACGAUCAACAACGUGAUGAUCGACCUAAAUUUUACACAUAUGUGGAUACUCCACAACGCUUUCAAGAUAAACCACUAAUUAAACACAUAGAUAGUUAUGUUCACAAUGAACAAGAUUUUCUGGACAAUCAACGAAGGGUACAAUUUUCAGUACCGAUCUCCCAAGAACAACGUUUUUCAUACGAACCAGAGUCUAUACAAAACCAAAACCGCCAGUUUUUUCGUGCGAAUCCUAAUCAAGACGCUCAAUCUUCUCGCGUGUUUUCAAACCAAAACAUGAAUCAAAUAAACUUACCACAAAGCGAUCGAUAUGGAAAUGAGCAAAGUUAUGGUUUGGUUCCAGGUCAUAUGAACCAUGAUAGUUACGUGACAUCGAAUAGAUCAAAUUUUAGUUUUGGAAAUCAAAAUUUGCCACGAACGACAUAUUUAAAACGUCUAAAGCAGAUUCCAUCUUUCAAUGGUGAUAACUACAGGGAGUUGAAAACGUUCAUUACAAAGGCUGAUACUUUAUAUCAUUAUGCAACUAAUUCAAGUGAAGAAGAUGAAUUUUUUGAGCAAAUGAUGUUCCAACUGGGCGAAGAGCCACGGAAUUUGUUAAUAAACAUGAGUAAUCCAUCUUGGGAGGUAAUCAAACAAAAGUUGAUGAAGCAUUAUGCGUAUUUGUCGAACAAAGAAAUUUUGGCGAGUCAAAUGGAGAACUUACGUCAAGAGAAAGGCGAAUCAUUGUCAAAAUACGUUGAACGUAUAAGACAACUUCAGAAAGAUAGAAAUUCGACAUACAGUUUUAUGUCUGAUGAUUUGCGCAAAGAACAUGACCGCAUAGCUCGUCGUGCAUUCAUAAACGGUCUUGGAGACAGUAAAUUGCGUAACAUUAUGACAAUCAGAGGCUCAAGUUCUUUGGAAGACGCUAUUACCCAUGCUCUUGGAGCCGAAAGCGACUCUUUAAGUCAAGUUCCGAGAGGAGAGCUAUUCUGCAGGUUCUGUAGGACACUAGGUCAUCGGGAAACUGACUGCAGAAACAAAGACAGUGGUGAUAAAAGUCUAAAUCCGUUAAUUUCUGCCAUACGUUCAAUCACAAAUCAAAAUAAUCAAAGAAAUUUCAAUCAAAAUUCGAACUGGAAUCGUAAUUCGAAUUGGAAUCGCAAUUCAAAUUGGAAUCGUAAUACAAAUUGGAAUCGUAACUCGAACUGGAAUAAUGGUGGCAUGAACCGAAACCAGCCAAGAAAUAAUAACAAUGAUUUUUGGCGUAAUAGAAACAAUGGCAUGCAAUCGUAUAAUCGAAAUUUUGGUAAUAACGGACAGGGAUAUAACAAUGGCAAUCGUAAUUCCAAUGGUGGCUAUAAUAAUGGCAAUCGUAAUUUCAAUAAUAAUAACAAUGGUUUCCGAAAUGGAAGCAAUGAUUUCCGAAAUUCUAAUGGUCAAAAUAAUCAAAAUCGUAAUGGUCAAAAUAAUCGUCAGUUCAACAGAUCAAAUAAUUUCGCAGGCAUUUUUAAUCAGGAAGAACAUGUGAAUCAUCUUCAGUAUGAGCAUGGUUCAGACAAUCAAUUUGAAGUAUCGGAAAACUAA